AUGACAAAUUAUAUGUUUAUUUUAAGUUUAUUAUUUUUGACAGGUUGUUUAGGGUUGGCGUUGAAGCCUUCACCUAUUUAUGGUGGAUUUGGUUUGAUUGUUAGUGGAUGUAUUGGGUGUUUAAUAGUAUUGGGUUUUGGGGGUUCUUUUUUAGGUUUAAUGGUGUUUUUGAUUUAUUUGGGUGGGAUGUUGGUUGUAUUUGGUUAUACAACUGCUAUGGCUACUGAGGAAUACCCAGAGACUUGGGGUUCUAAUUGGUUUAUUUUUGGUUUUUUUGUUUUAGGCCUUUUUAUGGAGUUAGUGAUAUUUUAUCUACUUAGUUUAAAUAAUAAGGUAGAGUUAGUUGAUUUUGAUAGUUUGGGUGACUGAUUAAUAUAUGAGAUUGAUGAUGUUGGAGUCAUAUUGGAGGGUGGAAUUGGGGUUGCAGCUAUGUAUAGUUGUGUUACUUGGAUAAUGGUAGUGGCUGGGUGAUCAUUGUUUGCAGGGAUUUUUAUUAUUAUUGAAAUCACUCGGGAUUAA